UAGAUUUAAUAACCCUGCCAAGAAAUGGGAAAUCAAAAAAAGUUUCCCAAAUAGACGGCUUAUCUUCAAAAAAAUAAUAAUAAUAGUAAAGCAAAAAAAAAAAAAAGGUUUAAAAAAAUGUACUCUGAAGUCUGAUCCUUCACGUUCUUAAUGCUUUAUCUCAGAGACUUUUUUUUGUCAAUUUUUUGCUUUAUAGAUUGUUUUUCUUUGUGUUUUUAGAGGUUUUAUGGGAGUUUAGAGAAAAAGACUCAAACCACUAUAAAAAGUUGCUUCUUUUCUUCUCAAGAGGGUCUCUCUUUCUCAUCCUAUAAACACCCUUUUUUUGGGUUUAAGAGUUAUGGUUCUUGCUCUUCAUGGUUGCAAAAGCACCAAAUUUUUUAUGUAAAAAUGAACGGCGGAGAUCCAGCUUUCAAGCUCUUUGGAAGGAAGAUUCCUGUACCUGAAUCUCAGAUUCAUGCUGGGGACAAAAGUAGUGAGGUAACAAACCCAGAAACUGAAACUUCUCACAUAAACACAUCUGGUGAGCCAGAUAAGUCCAUUACAGUAGAAAAUGAUAAGAAAGAACACCAAAUUUCUAUGAAACCGAAUGAGAUACAGAUCAACUCUAAGCCCAAAGAUGAACAGCUAGAGACAAAUAGUGCAGACCAAGAGAAAGUUUUUAAGAAGCCAGACAAGGUCCUUCCAUGUCCACGAUGCAACAGCUUAGACACAAAAUUCUGUUACUUCAAUAACUACAAUGUCAACCAACCUCGACACUUCUGUAAGAAUUGCCAGAGAUAUUGGACAGCUGGUGGAACAAUGAGAAAUGUUCCUAUUGGUGCUGGGCGGAGGAAGAAUAAGCACCUGGCCUCUCAGUACCGUCAGAUAGUAGUUUCUUCUGGUGGAGUGCCAACGACUCGGAUAGAAACCCCUGACUCAGCAAAUCAACAACUUCUAUCUCCUGGUGAAUCUAUGACUGCAUUUAGGCCUUCCAUGGGAAAUGGAACAGUUCUAAAGUUUGGUGCAGAAGUACCUCUUUGUGAAUCCAUGGAAACUGUGCUUAGCCUUGGAGACCAGAAGGGAUGUGUUGAGACUGGUACAGUCAGUUGUGGAGAAAUAAUAGAGGAACCCUCCUCCUGUGGAUCUUCCUCUACACCUUGCAGCAUUCGAGGGAAUGAAUUGCCUGGACAUGUCAUGCAAAAAGAGAGAAUAUGUUUGGUAGGACCUAAUGAGCAGAAUACGCAGCAUCCACCACAGUGCUAUCCUGUUCCACCCUGGAUUUUUCCUUGGAAUCCAGGUCCGAAUAAUGUAGCACCCAUAGAAGCUGGUCAGUGUUCUUCUGAACAUAUUGGUGCAACAAAUAGCAGUACUUCCAAUGCAGUUCAAUGGUGCCCUACACCAAUGGUGGCUGUUCCUGGAUUUUGCCCACCAAAUAUUCCUUUGCAGUUUGUGCCUGCUUAUUGGGGUUGUAUGCCUCUAUGGGCUGCUGGUGGGGGAAAUGUGUCAUUCAGUGGCUCCAGUGGUUGCCUAUCUCCAUCAUCCUCUAAUAGCAACAGUUGCUGCUCUGGCAAUGGCUCACCAACACUAGGCAAACAUUCCAGAGAAGCAAAUUUUAUCGAAGAGGAGCAAUCAGACAAGUGCUUUCUUGUUCCUAAGACACGAAGAAUUGAUGAUCCAAAUGAAGUUUCUAGGAGUCCUAUAUGGGCUACAUUAGGUAUUAAACCCAACCAGAAGGACCCUUUACGAGGAGGUAAAAUUUUCAAUGCCUUUGAAUCUAAAGCAGAAGGUAAAGACCAUCUACAGGAUGGCAGUCAAAUUUUGGAAGCAAACCCUGCAGCCGUUUCUCGUUCACACACAUUCCAAGAGAGCACAUAAGGGUCCCCUGUAAUAUUUGCCUGGAAAUCUAUUUCAUCGGUACUUGUUAUGCACCAGGGAGAUCUGUGUUGUUCUCUGAUCUGAACACUGAAGCUCUACCUCAUGGGAAGUAAAGCUGCUCCACUUAUUGAAAGGGUAGGCAAUGUAUCUUUUUCUUUGAGAGUUAUUUAAAUAGUAGAAGACAGUGAUUGAGUGGUAUUCAUCAUCUGCAGCCUAUUCUAAAAAUUUCAUUUCAUACGCUUGCAUAUCUCUUUCGAUGUAAUUCGACAAACAAGAAACAAAAAUAUGAGCGGAUUGUCCUUUGAUUCUUCUGAAAACAUCGUGUACAAUAUCUCCAGUUUUGAAGAUGGAGAAAAUUUUCCUAGCAGAUAGAAGAGUUUCAUUAUGCUUUGUUUCCUGAAAUUAUCAGCUGCAGCAAGAUCAGUUGUUUGGGGUUGCUGAAAUUGCACUGAAUAACAUACAAGUGAAAAUUUUGCCGCUUCUGUAGUUGGAAUAUUCAUAUUCCAUCUAUCAAACUCCUUUUGCUGCAUCAACUGCUGUUAGAUGGAAUAUGAAUAAUCUAAAGUUAGGUUUCUAUUUUUUGCCACAGGUUAAAUCAAUUCGAUACUUUCACUCCAGAAACUAUAUUUUUAACCUUUAACAGUUUACUAGACAUGACAAAAAUAUAAAAUAAGCUUUUGUACGUCUGGGCAGAAGAGCACAAUAUUUACAAAAGAGGUCAUAGUCUAAAGAUAAGAUAACAGCCUCAUUUGAAUUUUAAAUAUCUUAAGAUAUCAUCUCUUAAAAGUAUUUCACGGAACAACUGGACUACUAUUCAGCUAUCACAAUGAAUCAGAAAAAAGUCAUGGCCUAUUCAUAGUCAUAGCCAUAGCGAUAAAGUUGGAUUAUUCGGGUGUGUGAUUCUUUCUGCCGUCUUGAUUUCUUCUAUCUAUUCAUUUCUUUAAAAUCUUUUCUCUCCCACAAGAAAGGUCAACCAAUUUACUUGUUUUUUCUUUCAUUUUCAAAAAGAAAAGUCAAGUAACAUCAGGCUUUUUUCUUUUGAAUUUAUUUCUAAUGCAUUUAAGCAAAAUCAAAUGCAGUUCAUCACGGAAGUCUGUAUUUCUUCAUAUAGGUAGACCAUUAUAUCUACCUUCUUUCAACUUUUUUACAGUCUUUUCUUCCCAAUUUGCAGUCUUUUCUUCCGUUGAUAAAAGCAGUAGCCAUAGCAGCUUUUAUUCUACCACAGAAAAAGGGUUCAAACUUGAAGUUUUGUAUACGUUACCUUUUUUUCAGCAAAAGUUUUUCUUUUUGCCCAAAAAAAGGAAGACGAUUCAGCACGCACGCCAUGGGUAUAAAUCAUUUCCUUCCUUUAUGACUCAUUUCCUGGAAAAGAAAAUGGCUAUAAACCAAGUCAUUCUUAUCAUCAUUUUAAAAUGGCUAUAAAUCGUUAAGUCAUUCUUAUCAUUAUUUUAAGGAACAAAAGAAUGGUUAAUAUUCUUGCUUUUUAUUAGCCUUUAGAAAAUGUUAAUUCAAAUUCAAAAUCAAGGCCAGGCACAAUAAUUGUUAGUUUGUCACUACUUUU